AGAUAAAAACUACAUGGUUAAAGAAACGUACGUGUAGAUAUUUGCAACUAUAUAAACGUAUAAACACAUCACUGACCUUAAAGUAGUCAGAAUGAAACUGAGAUUCUUCCUCCUUGUCACAGUUUUCUUAGUAGGGUUGGACAAAUCCAACUCCACUUCGAAAAACAAAUUCCCGGAUUAUUUCAAAUUCGGCGCCGCCACAGCGUCGUACCAAGUCGAAGGAGCUUGGAACGAAGACGGCAAAGGCGAAAACAUCUGGGACCACAUCACUCACACAAACCCCACGUAUGUCGAAAACGAAGACAAUGGAGACGUCGCUUGCGACUCGUACCACAAAUACAAAGAGGACGUCGCGAUGCUUAAAGACUUAGGCGUCGACUAUUACCGAUUUUCCCUUUCUUGGUCCCGAAUUCUACCAUAUGGAGUCGCCGGUUCGCCUGUGAAUAAACUGGGAAUUGAGUACUACAGAAAUUUGACCCAAGAACUGCUCGAUAAUGGGAUCGAACCCAUGGUCACACUGUUCCAUUGGGACACUCCGGAACCUUUGCAGGAGUUGGGCGGGUGGCCUAACCCAGAAAUGGAGGAACAUUACGCAUACUAUGCCAGGACUGUGUUCGAGCAAUUGGGAGAUUUGGUCAAGAUUUGGUUGACUUUCAAUGAGCCGAAACAGACGUGUCUUGAAGGAUACGGCAAAGGGGUUAAAGCGCCAGCUUUUACGACCACAGGAAUGGCUGAUUAUAAAUGCACACACACUUUGAUUAAAUCGCAUGCGAAGGCUUAUCACAUCUAUGACGAGGAGUUUAAGAGUAAACAGGGAGGAAGAGUUGGGAUGGUUAUUGAUACGGUGUGGUUUGAGCCGGCCAGUGGAAGUGAAAAGGAUGCAGAAGCGGCCGAAAGAGCCAUUCAGUUCACGUAUGGUUGGUACGGCAACCCCAUCAUCCUUGAAAAUUACCCUCAAGUCAUGAUCGACCGAAUUGAUGAAAGGAGUAAACAGCAAGGUUUUGCCCAAUCAAGACUUCCAAAGUUUUCAGAGGAAGAAGUGAAUUACAUUAAAGGAACCUAUGAUUUCGUUGCACUCAAUAUGUACACUGCAAAUUAUGCCGAAUGGAAGGAAGAAACAGAUAUUUCCGAUGUCGGUUACGACAGCGAUUUGAAUGUCCAUCUGUUUAUGGAUGAUAGUUGGGAAGAAUCAGCUUCAUCAUGGCUAAGGGUUGUGCCUUGGGGUUUAAGAAAAACAGUAAAUUGGCUUAGUAAAACCUACAAUAAUCCUGAAAUCUUUAUCACUGAAAAUGGCGUUUCCGACCGUGGCGGAAUCGAUGAUCCACAAAGAAUAAAUUUUUAUAGAGAAUAUUUGAGUAAUCUCGUUGAUGCGAUUGUGGAAGAUGGGGUAAAUGUCACAAGAUAUACAGCUUGGAGUUUGAUGGAUAACUUCGAAUGGGGAAGUGGAUAUUCGGAAAAGUUUGGUUUGUACAGUGUUGAUUUUAGCAGCCCUGAGAGAACAAGAACAAAGAAAGCUUCUGCUGAUUAUUAUUCGCAAGUUAUAAGCACUAGGUGUUUGGUAGACUCAUGCGAGUAAAUUUUCUCUCAAUAAAAUGUAUCUGAAAUCUGAAUAAAUAAAUAUUUACACAAACAAA